GUCGACCAAUUGUGGUUGUUGAUGGUAGCCACUUAAAAACACCCUUCAAUGGGACAUUUGUAUCUGCAAGCACAUUAGACAGUGCAGGUAAUAUACUGCCCCUAGCACAUGGUGUGCUUGAUUCUGAGAAUGACAAAUCUUGGACGUGGUUUUCGAGCGUUUCAGAGAAACAUACGGAGUAAGAGAGAACAUGUGUAUCGUAUCCGAUAGGCAUGAGAGUAUAAACAAAGCUGUUUUCAGAAUCUAUCCGAAGUCACACAUUAUGCAUGUAUAUGGCAUCUAUGGGGUAAUGUAUGUAAAAAAUACAGGAAAAGCCAUGAUAUUUUGUCGCCUGUUUUUUAUUCAAUGGCAAAAGCAUAUACGCAAGAUGAGUUUGAUGAGUUGAUGCUUAAGGUUCAGAAAGUAGAUUUGCGGGUUGCAGAGUAUUUGGAUGAAGCUGGUAGGGAUAGGUGGGCUAGAGUCUAUGCAACUGUUAACCGAGGUUGGACAAUGACUUCUAACAUUGCGGAGUGUAUUAACAAACAUCUUCUAGCUGCUAGAGAACUGCCGAUAUAUGACUUUCUGGAAGAGGUUCGAAAGAUGUUUGGUAGAUGGAAUUACAAUAAUAGGAGAAAUGGAACAUACACGUUCACCACACUCGGUAAAAAAUUCCAAGAGAUGCUGUCAAUCAAUGAGUAUUUGUGUCUACGAAUGACGAUUGAACCAUCAACAGAAUUUGUGUACACGGUACAUGAUGGACGAAGGCGUUUCAUUAUUAAUCUGAGUAACAAAACAUGCAGUUGUCGUAUGUUUCAAUUAGAUGAAAUCCCAUGUCCGCACGCAUGGGCUGUUAUAAAACAGAAACAUUUGGUUGUUGAUGAUUAUUGCUCUGAUUUAUUCAAGCCGGAGACAGUUGUAAAGACAUACGAUAUUGCUGUGGAUCCUCUACCAGACGAGAGUGAAUGGAAAAUUCCAAAAGACAUCUUGGAUGAAGUAUUGUUGCCGCCGAGAUACAAAAGACCACCUGGUAGGCCAAAGAAGAGGCGUGACAAACCUUUACAUGAAUUAAUGGCUGGAAAAAAGAGACAUGCUUGCAGUACUUGUGGACAACUUGGACACAACAGGCGUUCGUGUGGUUUUGAGCCUAGGAGGAAAUGAUUUGGUUUCAAUUAUGUUUUUAUUAUCGUACACUUACUUAGGGAAAUACUCCGGGUUUUUUUAAGAAUAAGGACAAAUGUGUCAAUAAUUUCUAUUGACACUUAUUAUCUGUAUUUUUGUAAUUCUUGUUUUUUAUAAAUGUUUGUCAUAAAAUUCAUUGAUUCCUGUCAACAUAUGUACAAAUACAUCU